UGUGCCCAAUGCUAGAAGGUUACAGGCAGCUAGGACCGCCUGGAAAUUCCGGCUUGAAGGAAAUAAGUCGAUGUGUUUAGCGUAACGGGAACAAUUAAAUGUGGCAGAGAACUAAAGAAGGGCUCGAGUUAGUACCGCAAUUCUCGACCGACAAUAAAAUAAUCCCUACGCGCAAAGCUAUAAAGUACAACUGUUUACCGGACUCUUUGCAAUAUCCAGGGCAAUACUCUUUGAAUCGAUAUACUAUACGCCGCAAAACUAGGAAACGAAUGUACACGCAAGAACAAAGAUAAAAAGCCGCUGCAACUUGUUGUCGACAACGUGAAUAAAAAGCAGCAUAUAAUGCGGUGGCCAGCACAACCAAAAACUAAAACCAGAAGAAUUUUCAAGAUGAAGAACACAAGGAUGACGUUGCUUGCGCUUUUCGGACUAUGGUUGAUUGCGGGCACGUCAGUGGAAGGUUUUUCCUUCGUUAGUUCCAAUCAUCGUUCAGCAGUCAAUUGUUCAAAUAUUGAUUACACACCGUGCACUUGUGAGGAAAACAGAGUUGUUUGCGAUAAAGUACUCAUUAAAAAUGUGAAGGCCACGUUUAGUAAAAUUCCAGCUCACGAUCUGGCUGGGCUCCGGUUUACGCUGUCUCCAACUGAAAUGGAACCCAUUCCGGAUGAUUUCUUGGGUAAAACGAGAAUCAGUGGCGAUUUGGUAAUGCUGUGCGUCAAAAACAAGCGAUUGAAAGUCUCCCCAAAGGCUUUCCAGCUAUCAGCACUUGGCAUUACAAGAGUGUUUAUCGACGGAUGCGAUUUCGGCCAGCAAACCAAUUUUUCGUACAUGUCGGGAUUCCGUAACAUGAUGGCGUUAGUUAUCAAGAAUUCAACAAACUUCAAGAGUUUUAAAGGACUGCCAUCUCAAUCGGCUUUUACCUAUUUGUAUAUCACGCAUUCGAGGGGAUUUGAAGGUUUAAAUCAAGACACUGUGGCCUUACCUGCGUUAAAAGUCUUUUAUCUGAAUUUCAAUCAACUCAACGACGCCACCACUGGCAAGAUUUUCAAGUCUCUUGCUGCAUCUUCGCUGAACUCCUUGACGGAGAUUCGAUUAGACAACAACAAGUUGACGAAAAUCCCUGAAAUGAUAUCGUCUCUCAGUCAACUCGAGCAAAUCGAUUUGGGAUUCAACGAGAUUACCGUAAUAGCAAAAAACUCCCUUCCGCGCAACAACACCGCCAAGGGCCUAACGUUCAGUUUGCAGAGGAAUCCCAUCAAGACAAUAGAACCAGGUGCGUUCGGAGGAUCUAUAGGAAGCGGCGCUCACGUUAAACUGGAAGACAUCCGUCUGACUCGUUUGGAUUCCAAGAUCUUCCGUCCUAUGCUGGAGCGGAUGGAAAUCCGGGCCAAAAACGUACUAGGGAAAACACCACUUUUAUUCAUUGGCAACAAUCCAAUCCAGUGCGAUUGCCACCUGGCCUGGCUGGUGCGGGAUAAUCGAAACCUGCUGAAACAUAUCGAGGGCGGAAAAUGCAACGAUUCGACAGAAUUGCUCGACUUGAAAGCGGCCGAUUUCAUCAGGUGCAAAUAGGAACAUUUGGCUGUCCCACUAACAGGAACUAACACGUUAACUGGACUCAACUAUGCCCAUUUAAAAUGCGAUGCCUGGAAACCCGGAAUAAUGUGUCUGGCCUAGGGCUAUAUUCAUUUCUGUUUAGCUUUACCAAUUGGUAGACUCAUUCUUGUGCUCUUGCCAAUUAUUAUUUAUAUUUUUGAAUAAGUUAUUGGGUAGAGGUUUGUAUAAGUCAAUACAAUUUUGUUAACCUUAAA